ACAGUCUAAAAAAAUAUGGAGUAAUGUAUAUUGAACAAUUACUAAAUGCAGAUAUGACAAAAGUAUUAGAAUUAAAACGGAUCCAUCAAUAUGAAAUCCCAAAACAUAAUACAACCUGGUAUAUAGACCUCAGCAAUAAAAUAGAACAAAAUUGGGAGUAUAUAAAGAACUCAUCAAAUGCAAAUCCUAUUAAUAGAUUAACAUUAAUAAAUAAAUUUUCAAACUUAAAGGGAAAAAUAAUAACUACAGACCACGCGCAUGGACCCAUUAUGGGAAAAAUAACUCGCGAGCUCAAAUCACAUGACCAAACUGUAGUGAUGAGGCAUAUGAUCCAAGAAACAACAGAACAGGAGACAUUUUCGCCACUUAAAGCAUGUGAAGGAUGUCCGCUACAAGAAUCACUCCCUACACUAGAUACAAAAACUAAAGGAUCAAAUACCAAAUACUGUGCAAUUACUGCAGAUGUUACAAAAGUUAGUUAUUUACCGACUAGAAACUCACGGGUCUCAAUUGGAAAUCCAGAAGAUAAAAGAAUCAAAACCAGAAUUGUAAUAUCCCCUCGCUCCUUACGACAUUAUCAUGAAAAUAAUCCAAAGCCAAUUAUUAAAAAACAAUUUAAACAUAAUAUAGAUAAUCACACAUUUUCAAAAAAAAUCAUUGAUACAGAUACACAAACUUUAGAAAUGUUAGAAGAAUAUACUAGAAAAUUACAGAGAAGCAAACAAAUAAUAGCAUACACAGAUGGAUCCCUUAUCACAGAUGUGUCCUCAAAUAGCUCAACCAUAGAACUAAAAAAGCAACGGAUGGGCUUUGGGGCAAUAUGUCUGGUGGAAAAUCUCAACUUGGGAAGAAUCGAAUGGAAAGGGAAAGUGGAGGGUCCACCUUCAUCAACAAGAGCCGAACUAUGGGCUAUUCUUUCAGUCCUAUGGGUAAUUCCUAAUAAAACCGCAAUAAAAAUUAUUACAGAUAGUGAAUCCUCAAUUAAAGCAAUUAAAGGGUACACAGAUGAGCGUAAGGGAAAGCACUGGAGUAAUUACAGUAAUCCAUUAAUACUGCAAACAAUUAAAGAAUUAAUCUAUACAAAAGAAAUCGAUCUAGAACUAGAAAAAAUCAAAGCACAUCAGGGGGAUUACAAUAAUGAAAGAGCAGAUGAAUUAGCAAAACUCGGAUCAAACUCAGGAUCUAUUUUCUCAAUAAAUCCUAAAUAUUUACGAGAGCAACAAUUUAGACAUAAAUGGAACGAUAAUAAUAUUGACGUGUCAAUUAAAGAACUUAUAAAAAAAAAGGAGAAAUUGAAUCAACCAUUUCCUGAGGUGUGGCAACAAUCCAAAAUUACUGAUAACAAAACUUCAACUAGAGACAACUCACUUCGCUCUUUCUCAAUAAAACUGCUAAAUGAGGAACUCCCAACAAUGAAAGUAUUACAUACAAGAAAACCUGAGAUAUAUAAGGAUAAGAAAUGUCCUUUCUGUAAUAUUUAUGAUGAAACCAAUACACAUGUAUUCAUGUGCAAGGAUACUCCAAACACCUUAAAAAAUACUUUUUGUUAUAUCCUAAAGAAAGUAUACACACAAGAAACAGGAAAGAAAAUUAAUCCAAAUAUGUUACAGAAAAUAUAUAGAAGUCACUUUCUCCAAGAAGAUAUUGGAAGACAAAUAAGAGAUACUCUCUCUGUUGACCGGUUUGCAUAUAAUGAUCUAGUCAAAGGACUAAUCCCUCGAUCAAUAUAUAAUAUAGUGAAAAACCAUACAAAUAAAGCUGCGAUAACAAAAAUGGUCAUACUUAAAACAUUUUACAAAUGGAAAGAAAUACUUCGGUCCACUUGGAUAAUACGAUGUAAGGAAUUUUUAAAAUGGGAAAUAUCAAAUGAAAUCAAUGAAAUAAAAAAGAAAAGUAAGGGAAAAAGACCAUUUGAUGACCUUGAAUAUUUAGAACUUAAAAAACAAUUAGUACAAUGGGGAAAGAAAAUAUCUAUCGAG